CUCGCUGGACCUGGAGUCCCAUCCUGCCGCGUCUCUGCAGACUCCUUGGAGAUUGAGGAAUGCAAUUCUGCCACCAUGAUGGAAGGACUGAAAAAACGCACAAGGAAGGCAUUUGGAAUACGGAAGAAAGAAAAGGACACUGAUUCUACAGGUUCACCAGAUAGAGAUGGAAUUCAGGGGAAAAAAAAGACCCAGAAGACUCGGCUUCUCCUCACCUCUUGCUUCUGGCUCAGAGCCCUCUCGUUAGUGCUGUCUCAGAAGAAAAGCAAUGGGGCACCAAAUGGAUUUUAUGCAGAAAUCGACUGGGAAAGAUAUAAUUCCCCUGAGCUGGAUGAAGAAGGCUACAGCAUCAGACCCGAGGAACCCGGCUCUACCAAAGGAAAGCACUUUUAUUCUUCAAGUGAAUCAGAAGAAGAAGAAGAAUCCCACAAGAAAUUCAACAUCAAGAUUAAACCAUUGCAAUCGAAAGACAUUCUUAAGAACGCUGCGACUGUGGAUGAGCUGAAGGCGUCAGUGGGCAACAUCGCACUGUCCCCAUCCCCAGUGGGUGCAAUUAAAAGGAACUUAUCCAGUGAAGAAGUGGCCCGACCCAGGCGUUCCACACCAACUCCGGAGCUUAUAAGCAAGAAGCCUCCCGAUGACACUGUGGCCCUAGCGCCCCUCUUUGGCCCACCACUAGAAUCAGCUUUCGAUGAGCAGAAGACAGAAGUUCUUUUAGAUCAGCCUGAAAUAUGGGGCCCAGGCCAAGCAGUUAACCCAAGCACAGAGUCGCCAAAGUUAACCAGGCCUUUUCCCACCGGAACACCUCCUCCACUGCCUCCGAAAAACAUACCAGCAACCCCGCCCCGAACAGGAUCCCCCUUAACCGUGGGACUGGGAAAUGACCAGUCAGCUGCAGAGGUCAAAAUUGAAAAGCUACCAUCCAUCAAUGAUUUGGACAGCAUUUUUGGCCCAGUAUUGUCCCCCAAGUCUGUUGCGGUUAAUGCUGAAGAAAAGUGGGUCCAUUUCUCUGAUACGUCCCCGGAACAUGUUGCUCCGGAGUUGACUCCAAGGGAACAGGCUGUGUCCCCGCCGGCUGCACCAGACAACCCGGCUGGUUCCCCAGCACCAGGCCCUCCCAGCUCCCCAGCACCCCCGGCCCCCCCAGGGCCCCCUGGGCCUCCUCGAAAUGUACCUUCACCACUAAAUUUAGAAGAAAUCCAGAAGAAAGGCGUGGAGCAGACCUUCGUUAAAGAUGAUUACUUAGAAACAAUCUCAUCUCCUAAAGACUCUGGGCUGGGACAGAGAGCAACCCCACCUCCCCCACCACCACCCACCUACAGGACGGUGGUCUCGUCCCCCGGACCUGGCUCAGGCAGUGGUGCGGGGACCACCAGUGGUUCCUCGUCCCCAGCCCGACCGGCCACCCCACUGGCUCCCUGCAGCAGCAGCACCCCACCUCCGCCUCCCCCGCGGCCUCCGUCUCGGCCAAAGCUACCUCCCGGGAAGCCUGGAGUCGGAGACGUGUCCAGACCUUUUAGCCCUCCCAUUCAUUCUUCCAGCCCUCCUCCGAUAGCGCCGUUAGCCAGGGCGGAGAGCACGUCUUCAAUCUCGUCCACCAACUCCCUGAGUGCAGCCACCACGCCCACAGUUGUGUCAGAAGAUGAUGUUUUUUAUGACAAACUGCCCUCGUUUGAAAGGCGCUGUGAAACGCCUGCAGAGAACGAGCAGCCUUCCCUCGUUUGGUUUGACAGAGGAAAGUUUUAUUUGACUUUUGAAGGUUCUUCCAGGGGGCCCAGCCCCCUAACCAUGGGCGCCCAGGACACCCUCCCUGUUGCAGCAGCUUUCACGGAAACUGUCAGCGCCUACUUCAAAGGAGCAGAUCCCAGCAAGUGCAUUGUCAAGAUUACUGGAGAAAUGGUGUUGUCUUUUCCUGCCGGGAUCACCAGACACUUUGCCAAUAACCCAGCCCCAGCUGCUCUGACCUUCCGGGUGAUAAAUUUCAGCAGGUUAGAACAUGUCCUGCCAAACCCUCAACUUCUCUGCUGUGACAAUACACAAAAUGAUGCCAAUACCAAGGAAUUUUGGGUAAACAUGCCAAAUUUGAUGACUCACCUAAAGAAAGUGUCUGAACAAAAACCCCAGGCUACAUAUUACAAUGUGGACAUGCUCAAAUACCAGGUGUCUGCCCUGGGCAUUCAGGCCACCCCGUUGAACCUGGCCGUGAGCUGGCGGUGCGAGCCGGGGAGCACCGACCUGCGCGUGGACUACAAGUACAACGUGGACGCCAUGGCCACAGCCGCGGCCCUCAACAACGUGCAGUUCCUGGUGCCCAUCGACGGCGGGGUCACCAAGCUCCAGGCCGUGCUCCCACCUGCAGUCUGGAAUGCUGAACAACAAAGAAUAUUGUGGAAGAUUCCUGAGAUUUCCCAGAAGUCAGAAAAUGGAGGAGUGGGGUCUUUGUUGGCAAGAUUUCAGUUAUCCGAAGGCCCGAGCAAGCCGUCCCCACUGGUCGUGCAGUUCACCAGUGAAGGAAGCACCCUGUCAGGCUGUGACAUUGAACUUGUUGGAGCAGGGUAUCGAUUUUCACUCAUCAAGAAAAGGUUUGCUGCAGGAAAAUACUUGGCAGAUAACUGAUACAAUGUCAUGCAAGGAUUUGGAGAAUUCAUAAAUUGGAGAACUGUUGUAUGAGAAACAGGUUUUAAUUUUGGUUUGAUGACAGCAAACCAGUGUCUGCCCUUGGGAUGUAUCGGCUGGAAAGUCAGUGACUUCAGCCAGGGUCUCCCUCACACAAAACCACGCUGACAGUCCCACAGUAUUUACUUCUAGUGUAAUAUUGUUAAUGGUUUUAAAAUGUAAUUAUUGUAUUUGUAAAUUGUACUCUCAUUCCAGUAAGGCAGUUAGACACUUGAGUUUUAGCAUUUUGCCAUUCCUGAAAUGGAUGUAAUUUAAACUGUGGUAUGUAAAUUUACUAGUAGUACUGUGGAACAGCACAACGCUUACGGAGGUAGACUGCAUUCUGUCAGUAUAUAAAAUUUAAAUAUAAUAUUGAUAGCUGUCACAAAGGGGUGCCACAUACAAAGAAACUUAAGUGGAACCAGAAAAAAAAAAAAGAAGCAAACUACUUUUCUUUAGUCUUUAGUAUGUUUUACUCUAGUUCUAAAUAAAAAUUCUAUCUUCAAAUGUUUAGUGGAUUAAAUUCAGAAAUAUUUCAGAAAAAAUUCUAAGGUUACAGUAUAUUCAAAGAAAAGCAUUAACUACCACUUUUUAAAAAAGCUUUUUUUUCAAACCGCAAAUUUCAUAAAAAUGCAAAAUGUGUAAACAGGGCCUCUUAUUUUUAUAACUUGUGUAAAAAGGAAAAGCAAUUCAUAUUUAAAGUUUAAGUAUAUUAAAUUAUAAUCAAGAAUAAAAAAGAUAUUGCAGUCUUCACUACUUCCCCUCUCUCCUCAGCUCAGCAGAUGUAGAGAUUGCUGAAUAGUCAGACUAAAACCCAAACUGCAAUUCUGAGAUCACGAGACUAUCCGUAAUUGAACUGGUUGACAAUUUUUGCACAAUUGUUCUGCGCACAGGAUUCGCUCACCUUGUGUGGGGAUUCACUCACGGGAAUCAAAACACUAAGAAUAUUAGAAAAAAGAAGUUAGUACCCUGUUUAGAACCAGAAGAAUUUUAAUCAUCAUUUAUAUCAUUUGGAAAAGAAGAAAUAAGCUUUAUAAAUGAAAUUCUAUUCACAUUGUUGUGUAAUAAAUUUUCCUCUGGAUGAUUAAGAUUAAUGGUAUAAAAUUAUAAAUCUUUGCCUUUCUUGGAGAAUCAAGAGGAGAGUCAUCAAAAAUUUAUGUCGUUUCAUUUUCAAAAUAUAAUAAAAACUACAAUCAGUCUGAUUCCACAAUGUGAACAAUUCAGAGAGAACUUCUUCAGGAGUCCCAAUGGUAAAACCUUUAAGAUCUGGAAACAGUAGUUUUCCUUUAAGUCACAGAACUUACUUUAAACAUAAACCAAUUCCUAUUAUAGGUUAUACCAUUAAAUAAUUAUAAUUAUUGAGUUGUUAUGUUUAUCAUUAGUGGCUAAAAUUUCAUUUUAUAUACACUCAACGUUGACAAAGAAUCUUUAGCCCCUUUAAAUUUUAGAAUCAACUUAAAUUUUUUAAGUCUUACUUUCAAAAUGAGAUUGUGACUGGUAAUUGUUUAUAGUGGAACUUUUUAAAUUAAUAUUUGUACUCCUCAAUCAGUUCUUGCUAACAAAAGAAUGUUUAAAAUGAUCUGUUUUACCUUGGAAGAAUUUUUAAUCAUUCAAACGAGCUCUCAGUUGGCUCUCCAAAGCAGUCUAGUGUUGAAGUUUGUUUGAACAAACAAAUUAAUAAAUUCAUUUUAUGUAAAGAUAUUCAGUUUGAUUUUGAAGCAAAAAUAGAAAGUGCAAGAUUUAAGAUUCUGUGAAACGUGGGGAAAUUUAGACACUAAAAUCAAUGGGGAAUAAGCAGAAGAAAAUUACCCAGCAUAGGAAUAUAAAAAUGUGUUUUAAAGUCAUCAGUUCAUGAAAAGACAUAUUGAAUUAACUCAAAGCAUAUUAAAAAAAUGUGUAACUGUAACUGGUUCUCAUGUCUUUCUCUUUAUACUUUAUUCAAUUUUAUUUUAUAUAGAUCUAAAAUGAAUCAUUAAACACAAGGUUUAUUUCCCCAAAGAAUGGUUUUUUUGGUACCAUACAAGUGUAAUUAAGAAGAUAGAUUACAGUAAUCUCUAACAUUUUCCAGAUGUUUCCAGGAACUAAAUUUGAAACUAUGAAGAAAUCCUACUAUCCCUUAAUCGGGCUUUAUGAAACAGAAUGGAUGGCAGUGGUUUCAAAAUUAUUAAACUUUGAAUAAUCCGAACCUCAGUAAGGAAGGUAUCCCUUCACCUUUCAGAAAAGAGAUCGAAGAAUAACAUCUAAGUGUGAAUCAGGGAUUUAGAUUUUGGUGUUUUACUUUGUUUUUUUUAAUCUUAUAGGUUAUAAAUUCCUGCUCCAUCUGUAUCCAUAAUACUGUAGAAUAAGAAUUCAAGUUCUGAAAAAUGGUCCUGGACCAUGGAAGAGUCUUAGUUACCAAGGCCAUAUUCAGCCAGGUACCAUCAGUUCCUGGUUCAGAACAAGAUGGACUCACACAGGGUCAGACAAUUUCCAGUGCCAGGGGUUGAAAUACAAAGGAAGAGUUCUAGUUAAGCAGAACAUUAUGAUUAAAAUGGGUUUGCUUUAUCAAGACAGAAACCACAAAUGAUGCUGCUUUAUUUUGGCAACAUGGAAAGUUUUUCUUUUCAAAUAAAUACCCUAUUUUCAUGAAAUUUUUAAAAAUAAAUCCUUGUUAAGAAUUAGUCUGAAUUUUAUCAUAAUUGGAAUUUAGGCUUACUAAAAAUUACAUUUUUAAUCAUUUUUAAAUCUCUGCUCUUCUCUACACUUACAGCCAAAAUGAAAUUCCCCGUGGCACGAAGUUUCACCUGUAAAGAGUGUCCACAACCCAGGUGGUUGUCAGUGAAUUGACAGGACCCUCCAACAGCAUUCUUUGUUUUGUUUGUAUUCAAUCUCCAUCUGCAAAGUGUUGGAGCCAUAAUUGUACUGAUUUCCAUUUCUAAAUCUUUUCAAGGAGACAGAUAACUGCACUAGCCCUUCCACACUCCUGCUAUGUGGACACUGGACAAGCCCCCACUUUCUUCAACUUCUCAUCUUCGGGGUGGGGGCUGCCAGUGCCAGUGGUUUUCAAGCUUUUAUUAACAAUAGGCCUUUUAUCUUUCUUUUUUUUUUUUUUUUAAUAAAAUUGUGUGGAGAAUCUUGUUAGGCAAAACCGCUCAAAGCAAUGAAGGAGUUUCUCCAGCAGUUUGAAUCUAAGCCCCCAGGGUAUAAACCAUAGCAACACAACAAUGACCUAGAAAGUGGCUUCCAGCUCUCUGAAGCUCCAUGGUUCUACUUCAGUAGCUAAACCACUUUUUGAGAUUUUAUAAAGAAACUUACAUAAUCAGAGUAAUUGACUGAUGUGCACUAACAAUUGUUAUAUUUAGUUGAUAUAUAGACUGCUUACCAUGUACCAGUCACUACAGUGAUAAAAGGGACUUAGUCCUUACACCAAUUCAGAAAUGGCAGGUACUCUUUUUACAAAUGAUUGACAUUUGUAAAAUGAUUGACAAAUGAUUUACAUUGAGGCUUAGGCAGAUAAAUUAAUUUUCCAGAAGUGACCCUGCAGUUGGACAUGACCUAGUUACCUCGACUGCAAAAGGAAGUUUCAUCUGUCUUGCUUUGUCCAUUCUGGGGAAAAAAAAAAAAAAUCUGUUUUAUUCUAUUGUACACAUUCCAUUUGAAUGCCAAGGUAAUAGUUGCUAUGAAAACUAAUAUCAAAAUAAGAAUAAUUCCAAUGACAAAAUCAAGGGAAAAGAAUCCAUGUUUGUCCAGGUAUGGCCUGGGGGCCAUUGUACCACCCCUUAAACAAGGGCAAUGAUUUUGGCUACGUUACUACUACAUCCUUAGAGCCUGGAAAGGGGUAAGCACUGAUAAAUUUGCAUUGCAUUAAAUCAACAAAUUUCUAGGGAUGAGACUCGGGAACAUGUAUUUUGAUAAGCACCCGCAUCUGAGCAUCACUGGCUAGUGUCUCUCCAAGCAUCUUCCUAGUGCUGACAUUAUACCAGAUUUUAAGCAUUAAAUUUUAAGUUGACAAUCAUUUUCCUAGUGAGUUUAUUUUUUCAUUCAGUUUUACUUCCUCCAAUCUUAAAAAAAUUGGGCGUUUUUCUAGGGACUUCUUUACCUUCUCCUUGGAGUUCUUCUGUGAAGGCUAACUCAGUUUCUAAGGAGCCUGAAAGGCCACCUCUGAUUUUCCUACUUCUGUCCUUUUCUUCAGUGUCUUAAAAGACGUGAAGUAUUAGGGCAGUUGCAAGCUAUCGCUUGUUCCAAACACAAAAUCUUAAUAAUGUCUCCUUUGCAAGGACACUCAAGCCUCUAACUUAUGACCCUAUUUAUCUGGUAGACUUUUGAUUUUUACAGUCAUAGAUCAGCCUCAUUCUAAAAGAAUUGCACUGAUCACUUUUAAUUUGGGCAUUUUUUCAAAAUAAUCACAGGCUGUCAAUUAAAAGUUGAGCAAUACAGUAAAAUACACGGAUACCUACCCAAGAGAUGAGUAUGCGUGUGUGUCUGCGUCGAAGCUCGUCUACCCCGAAAGAGCACACAGUUGAGCUAAAUCCCGAUCCCUCUGAAUGAACUCACUUUGCCAAUUCUUUGUGAUCAACAAAUUUUUUUAAAUGGAAGCAUCAUUUUGAAUAAUACCAAAAUGAAGGCGAGCUCUAAUAAGUAAAUAUGAUCUUUUUGUGCAAUAAGUGAAAUUAAAUUGUUGCUCUGAAUGAACAAAUCAACCCAAGUUCUGUUGAUUAAAGAGGCCACCCUGACGACCCCACCGCCACCCUUCAGUGUAUGCACUUGCUCUCGAGGCUUUAUUGAUUUUUCUUACUCAAUUGGUUUUUUUUUAAUUGGGCAACCAGCCUCUAAAUGCAAUUCUCUCCUCAUGAAUUAAUUACGACUGCUACUCUAUUACUCUUGUCCAUGGAAUGUAUGGAAGGAAAACGAGGUAGAAGUCCGUUGCUUAAGUCUCUAAACGUUAUAAACAAACAAAAAAAACACUUGCCUUUCUCUUGUGCCAGUGCUUCAAUGUUCUAUCAUCUUCUGCAAGCUACAGUUGUAUUUCUAAUAAUUAAAAUAUAAAUCUCUCUCUUGAAGGCCAAUUUAAAUUCUAUGGAGUUGAGCGUGGCGAGCCCUCUUGGUUGGUCUUCAUGUUUAAAAUCUGACUUCUAUCUCUUAGGAACAGGUAUGCCUAAGAGAAAACAGGCAUCUGUUCAUAGACAUUCGCAUGGGUGUGAUAAUCUGUCCUCUACGCUUACCUUUUAAAGUUAUUUUUCCUUUUAUUUGUAGUAUUUCUGAUUGUUUCCUUCUGUCCCUAGAAUAGUACAUUGCCUGUCCUAAGUACAUCUUUACCUUUGGGGGGUGGGGAGAGAGGAUGGUAUUUCAAGAAACAGCAAAUAUAUUUUUAAAUGGCUCUUACUAUUUUAAAGAAAAGAAGUAAAAUAUAUUUGGACUAUAGUCAUCCAUAUUCCAGUAUUUUUCCAAUGUUCACUGUGGUGUGAAAACAGUGGUCCAGUACGGUAACCCUCCCUCCAGGAACAUGAAUCACAAAUGUUAGUGUUUUAGUGAUGCUUAAUGAAGUCUUUGGAUCAGGAGAAGACUUUUCCCUAAGCACACUUUGAAAAACCUUUGGAAAAGUUUUCUCUUAACACUAGUUAAUACGUCUUUCAGUGACUGUAAAUUACACAACCAGGAACGCUUUGAAAAGAUGCUCCUGAGUGUGUGUUUUAACUUUGAGGAAAUUCCUCUCAUUUCAAAUGAUCUGUUGUUUAUUUUAGAUGUUGCCUGUGUCUCUUAGUGAAUUUAACUUUGUCAUCUAAAAUAUUCAAGGCAAUGAGAUGAUUUUAAUGUUAUAAGUUUUAUUUUUAAGACUGGUACUGAAGACCAGCACCUCAGGCCCCUAUCUGUUCAGGACAUUCCAAAGUGUUUGCAGUGGAGAAUCAACGUGAAUGAACAAUCUUUUCUAACAUUUUAUUAAACAGCUUUAGGAAACUGAAUCAUGGUAGGUCAAGGUUGACAGUAUUUUCUACAUAUGCUUGUUAGAGAUUAUGAAAUACAUUUUAGUUAAAGCUAAGAACAAGGCACAGUUUAGCAUAGAUUUUGCAAGAUUCUACAUGUUUCUAAUGAGCCUUUCACAGUUGGGUUUUGGGGUUUUUUUGUUUGUUUUUGUUUUUUUGUUUUGGCUUGGCUUUAUUUUACACAUCAAUUGUUUUUAUACAAAAUCAACAAAUCAGCAAUGGUCCUUUAAAAACUUCAUGGGUAAAUUUUUAGUUAUCAGAAAAGAAUAAAGCUGAAUUACUUUACAUUUUUCUAACUUUAAUUUUAAAUUAGUUCAGAGUUUAUGAAUCAGACUGAUAGCUCCUAAGCCAUUUAUAAUUUUUAAAUGUUCCACUGAAUGAGUAUAUAGUGCAAAUGUUCAUUUCAUAUCAUUCACUUUUAUAUUCCUUCGGUGACAUUUUUUUCUGGCAAAAUAAGUGCUUGAUGUUAUUCCUACAUCACUUUAAACUAUUUUAUGUAAUACACCAAAUAGCUGUCACGGAGAUCACUAUCCCAAGAUCCAAGGUUUAAUUUUUUCUCUUCCUUUAGCGAUGCCAGGGUGAAAAUUCUUAUACCUGUGUUGAAUUUUUAGGGCCGUAUUUAGUUCCCACUUUCUUAAGUGGAUAUGCACAAAAGAGAUCAGCUCCUGUCUGAUAUUCUCUGUCUUUCUCAAGGGGAAUUGGGAAAUUGUUGCUGAAUAAUUUUUCUCAAAAAAGCUAAGCAUAUAAUGACAUGCUAAUCCUAUCUGAGUAGAACUUCACUGCAGGCCAAGCAGUAAUUUGUGGAGCUAGCUUUUGAAGCUGUUUGAAACGUGUAUUUCAAUUAAAAAUAAUUUUUAUUUUUCAUGUGUAAGUAAAAGAUUUGUUUCAAUGACAUGGUUAAAUUUUAAUUAUCAUUCCUACUAAGCAGCCUUAUAAGGCGUUGAUUUUUUAAACUUGUACCUUUAACAGUAAGAAUAACAGGAAAGGAAUUUCAGAGAAAUUUGGCUGUGUUUCCAAAGGUAAUGAAAUUCCAUCAACUAAGGGAAAUGCUAUCAGUGUAUAAUUUGAUUUUGUGGUAGCCUUUGCUUAGAGUUCUCUGUGAUUUGUGUAGCAAAAGUGGACUAAAUUUCUUUAGAAUCUGAGUAUAUAAUUUCACAAAACACCUUGGUGUGAAAUACUCACAAAAGGAAUAGUGGAUCAAAAUACUUAAGAUACUUUUUAAAUUCCGUCAAAAUGUUGGUCCUGGCCUUUUCUCCUACACUUCCAGUUCAACUGAGUAACUUAUUCUGAUGGCCGUUACUGCUUAGUCUGUGAGGAAAGCUUUACUGCUUCUGUGCUGUGCUCAAGAAAAAAAACAGCAAAGAAGCAGAGACUGGUCCUUUCACCAGCUGCCGCAGAGCUCUCUGAGGAGUGUGGCACCAACUUGUCAAAGGUUAUCUCGAGACCAUCCAAACUUUACUUGCCUUAUGAGUUAGAAAAAGUCUGGCUAUCACUUGUUUGUAAAUAAUGAUUUUUAUAAAUGUUUUUCUUUAUAAUUUUCCCAAUCAUCCAUUUCACAAAAUCCUAAAUAUGCAAUUAUUUACCAUGACAUCUCCUUGCAUCUGGGGAGUCCCAUUUCAGAACAAAGUUUAAUUCUAUAUAUAAGUUGGUAUUGGAAUGUGAUUUUUUUUUCCUGGAAAAUAAAUGAAAAAUAUGUUUAAAAAGUUGAGCUGUGAAUCUCUUUUGUUGUCAGAUUCUUAAAAUUUUCUAGAAAUCUUCAUGGAAUCUUUUUAGUGGGGAUGGAGGCCCAAAGAUCUGGCAAAGGUCGAGGGU